CAUUUUUAGGAGAAUCGUGUGUGAGUCCUACACGAACAUGUUAUAUAACUAACUCAAAUUGUAAUGGUAGUAUAUGUGUGUGUAAUACUGGUUACUCUAGAUCGGGAUCUGUUUGUGUAAUAACUCCAGCUGGAAUUAACCAAGCUUGCCUAAAUCCAACAAGAACAUGUCCAACCAAUGCUGGCUGUACUAGCGGAACAUGUCAAUGUCUGUCUGGAUACAUCUAUUCAAGCUCACUGGGUUACUGUGUUACAAACUCAGUUGGAAUUAACCAAGCUUGCACAAAUCCAACAAGAACUUGCCCAACCAACGCUGCCUGUUCCAGUGGAACAUGUCAAUGUCUGUCUGGGUACACAUAUUCAAGCUCUCUGGGUUACUGUGUUGCCAAUGCAGCCGGAAUUGGUGAAACAUGCAUAAACCCAUCAAGGUCAUGCCCAACCAAUGCUGCCUGUAAUAGUGGAAUAUGCCAAUGUCUGUCUGGGUACACAUAUUCAAGCUCUUUAGGUUACUGUAUAGCAAGCUCAGCUGGAAUUAACCAAGCUUGCACAAACCCAUCAAGGUCAUGCCCAACCAAUGCUGCCUGUACUAGUGGAACAUGUCGGUGUAACUCUGGGUACACCUAUUCAAGUUCUUUAGGUUACUGUAUAUCAAUGUUAGCUGGAAUUAACCAAGCUUGCACAAACCCAUCAAGGUCAUGUCCAACCAAUGCUGCCUGUACUAGUGGAACAUGUCAAUGUAACUCUGGGUACACUUAUUCAAAUUCUUUGGGCUACUGUAUAUCAAGCUUAGCUGGAAUUAACCAAGCUUGCAUAAACCCAACAAGAACUUGCCCUACCAAUGCUGGUUGUACUAGUGGAAUAUGUCAGUGUAACUCUGGGUACAUUUAUUCAAGCUCACUGGGUUACUGUGUAAUAAGCUCAGCUGGAAUUAACCAAGCUUGCACAAAUCCAACAAGAUCAUGCCCAACCAAUGCUGCUUGUACAAGUGGAACAUGCCAAUGUAUCUCUGGAUACACUUAUUCAAGCUCGCUGGGUUACUGUGUAAUAAGCUCAGCUGGAAUUAACCAAGCUUGCAUAAACCCAACACGGUCAUGUCCAACCAACGCUGCCUGUACUAGUGGAACAUGUCAGUGUCUGUCUGGAUACACUUAUUCAAGCUCUCUGGGUUACUGUGUAUCAAUCUCAGCUGGAAUUAACCAGGCUUGUACAAAUCCAACAAGAACAUGUCCAACCAAUGCUGGCUGUACUAGUGGAACAUGCCAAUGUAUUUCUGGGUACACUUAUUCAAGCUCUUUGGGUUACUGUGUAUCAAGCUCAGCUGGAAUUAACCAAGCUUGCAUAAAUCCAACAAGAACAUGCCCAACCAAUGCUGGCUGUAUUAGUGGAACAUGUCAGUGUAUCUCAGGGUACAUUUAUUCAAGCUCUUUGGGCUAUUGUGUAACAAGCUCAGCUGGAAUUAACCAAGCUUGCAUAAAUCCAACAAGAACAUGCCCAACCAAUGCUGGUUGUACUAGUGGAACAUGUCAGUGUAUCUCAGGGUACACUUAUUCAAGCUCUUUGGGUUAUUGUGUAACAAGCUCAGCUGGAAUUAACCAAGCUUGCAUAAACCCAACAAGGACUUGUCCUACCAAUGCUGGCUGUACUAGUGGAACAUGUCAGUGUAUCUCAGGGUACACUUAUUCAAGCUCUUUAGGCUAUUGUGUAACAAGCUCAGCUGGAAUUAACCAAGCUUGCAUAAACCCAACAAGAACUUGCCCUACCAAUGCUGGCUGUACUAGUGGAACAUGUCAGUGUAUCUCUGGGUACACUUAUUCAAGCUCUCUGGGUUAUUGUAUAUCAAGCUCAGCUGGUAUUAAUGCAAGUUGCACGAACCCAACUAGGACUUGUCCAACUAACGCUGCAUGUAGUAGUGGCGGAACUUGCCUAUGUAACGCUGGUUACACGUAUUCCUCAUCAUUACAAUACUGUAUGAACAGUUCAGCAUUGAUUGGUGAGUCCUGUGUAAAUCCAUCACGAUCGUGUAUCACCAAUGCUGGAUGUUCGGGAGGAAUUUGUCAGUGUAACUCCGGCUACUAUCAGGCUUCAACGUCCUCGUGUAUUUUACCUAUAUUAGGACAAUCUUGUACUGUAUCUGUGGGCUGUGCCACUAACACUGGUACUACAACCGCAUCUGCUACAUGUUCCUCUGGUACAUGCGUAUGCCCAUCUGGAUAUUUUGCGACCUCAGGAAUCUGUUACAUAAGAGCUUCCCUUGGAAGUAACUGUAACACUGCUGCCUCAAACCCUUGUUUAGAUAGUAAUGCUGUAUGUAAUGGUUCCCCUACCACAUGUUCCUGUGCUGGUGGUUAUUCUAACGUGAAUGGAGUAUGUUCUCAAGACACCUCGGGCAGUUCCUGUCCGUCUGGAACAUCGUCUCCAAGCACUACCACAGGAACUACUUCCCCAUCCACCCCGUCAGUGACAGUCGGCCGGACUUGUUACCAGGUUGACUUACAGAGCACACAGGUGAUGCAUUGUAGGGACACCAGGGGAGCCAGCUCCCUCCAGUCGGCAAGGUGGCUCAGACUUCCUAAUUUUGAAGCUGUGGUUAUAACAACUGGACGUUUUAUAAAUGGAGACAUAGCCAAUCCCAACUUGACCGUAUCUAAUGCUGAAGCUGGGGAUGCUGGAAACUAUGUUUGUCAGUUAUGUUACGCAAGUAACUUCUCUCAGUGUACAAACAGUCCCACGAUUCAGCUUAUAGUCACUGGAACUGCUCUAACAACAGCCACUGCCUCUGUUGGCACCACAACUCCACUUAGAGGCUCGUCUGUGACCUUCACCUGUACAACUAGCCCUGCUGGUGCGGCUACCAGUUAUCGAUGGCUCCUCGGCAACACAGCAGUUAGCACUUCAGCUACAUAUACAAUUUCUACGAUAGGAUCUAAUCAGGCUGGAGCGUAUACAUGUGAGGCAACUAACACAUACAACACGAGAACCAGUAACGCUCUUAAUAUAGAUGUCCAAUUCGCACCUGAGGCAGUUGGUGGUUCAUCUAUUACAACUGUGGGAGAUUUCGACAAUGGAGAUAUUACAAUCACAUGUAAUAUGAAUGCCAACCCAUCGGUUACAAGAUAUAUCUUCUAUAGUGGAUCUACAGUACUACAAGAUUCUGCCAGUAGCACUUAUACGGUAACAGCAUCUCAAGGAUACGGGACAUACAGUUGUACGGCACAAAAUACUCGCGGGACGUCAUCUUCUCAGAGUCUUGUAGUGGAGGAAGAAACCAUAGCCAAUGUGGGAGCUGCAACAGAGAAUACUGGCAUUGGUACAGGAACUAUCGCAGCUAUUGUUCUUGGAAUCAUCUUCUUGAUUUUACUGAUUAUCAUCAUCAUCGUCUGCUGUUGUAGCUAUGGUUGGUGUCGAAAGAAGGAGAAGGUUCAACCUGAAGUUAUCAUUGAGAAGCCCGCUGUAAAACCAUAUAUUCCAAGGACUAUUGUAUCAGCAACGUCAACUAUUUCGAGAAAAGACGUCGGAGUUAUGGUGAACGGACAUUGUGACGCAUCUGUGUCUACAGAUUUCGAGGAGCCAAGGUACACAACACCAAGAUACCAUCUGAAACCAGCAACAGACUCAGGUCCUAUUAUAUCUAUGUACGACAACGGAUACGAGCAGCCGCGACCUCAUCAAUUACCUGACCUUGAUACGCAGUAUUUAUACACUGAUAACGAGCCGAAGAAACACAAGAAGAAGAAGCGCCGACGUCGUCGUCAUGAAGAUGUAUCUCCUAGACGACACCAUUACGAACCGGAACCGGAAAUAAGAUAUGCUCAAACCCAACCGGCCAGUGAUGAAGAUCUAGUUGUUGUUCCAGGACGUAGUAAUUACUUUGAGUAGUGCUCCCUUUACACCUUGACAAAAAACUUGUGAUAUUUAUAAUUCAAAAAUCGCAUAUUGUUUAUUAUAAGGACGGCAAAAGGCUUAUCAGUUAAAAGCUUUUCUUUUACAUUUACUAAGGUUUUUGUUUUUUGGUACAAUUUUGAAGAAUGAAGAAAUUUUGGUGAGAAUGAAAUAAAACUCUUGUUCCAUGAAAGAAAUAUAGAGAGAAAAUAUCUCAGGAAACUACACAGCAAAAUGAUGAAUUUAAAUUCAGUUGUAAUUUUUCAAUUGUUGUACUUAGAUUUUGUAUUGGUUUGAAAUUAAUGACUUAUUGUAAUAGCAACCAGGAAUAAAUACCAGAUUAAAAAAAACAUUCAGUAUAGUGAGAUUGAAAUUUUCUUAUUCAAAUCUGAAUGUUAAAUUUGUAUUGAAUUAAAACUAUUGGUGUUGUAAUUUUGUGUAGAUUUCUACAUAACCUGAAUAAUCAAAAUAGUUUGAGGCCAAAAAUCUUGAUGGUAUAUUUUUUUUUUAUUUAUAGCAACUUCUUGAAAUGUUUUUUUUUUUUUUUCGAAGGUUGAAAAAAAAAAACUUAUAUGUUGGUUGGAAAUAAAUUUUUUUGUAUUUUUGGCCUCUGAUGAUAUUGAAUGUGUUUUUAUAAAUAUGUAGUUGUUUUAUGUAGAUAUUGCAUAAUGAAUACAUUGUAUAAUAAGGUCUUGUAUAGAUUACAUUGUUAAUUAAGUCUAUUGAAAUUGAAAGUUAAAGUUUGUCAUUGUACAGAAUAAGGGUUUGGUUCAGCAUAUUUGUAACUUAAUAAACCUUUACCAUACAUGUCAUAACGUCCCGGAUGUCUGGGACUGUCCCGGAUGUCUGGGACUGUCCCGGACAUCCGGGACUGUCCCGGAAAUCAGGUGACAGGUGUCCCGGAGAUGAUUUAUAUUAUGUCCUGGUAAAAUAAAAAAAAAUCGGAAAUAAUCUCCUUUGCAGCAAGAAAUGAUACAUUUUUUUGCAAAGUAACCUUAUAAUUAUGUUACAUAUGCCUACUGGCAGCAACUGAAUCUAGUUUUUCUACCCAUUGAACUAGUGCAGACAAAGAUCACAGGCACAUCUGUACCGUCUGAUAAUAGUCUGCACUGUUUGCUAUUCAGUCAGUACAUAUUAAAAGAUAGUCCCCAAAAAUGAUAAAGAUUUUUGUCCAAAUUAAAUGUUGGACAAGUUUUGAAGCAUGGUAAAGGUCAGGUUCUUUCAAAUAGAAAGUAGUUCUUAUUUGAAACACCCUGUAAAGGUUAACUAAAAGGUUACAUCAGUGUUGAAUUAAACCUUUAUAAUGAUUGUUAUUGCCUUCUUUAAGGCGGUGCUGUUAUUUUAUGAAAAUUAAUUUAUUGUUUUACAUAAAAUGAAAUGAGCCAUGGCAUGACAAAACCAAUGUAAUAGUUUUGCGACCAGCAUGGACCCAGAUCAGCCUGAGCUUCUGUGCAAUCUAAUCAGGAUCCAUGAUGUUUGCUAUCAAUUUCUCUACUUGUAAUAGGGUUUGUAAGCGAACAGCAUGGAUCCUGAUCAGACUGCGCGGAUGUGCAGGCUUGUCUGGAUCCAUGCUGGUCGCAAAUGCACUGUGUUGGUUUUGUCAUGACACGACUCAAAUAGAGGGCAAGAUGCAAAAUGGCUGUUUAUAUUGGUUAAAUCAUAAAAAUUGCAGCCAUUUUGUGCCAGGCUCUCACUGAUUUUUAAAAGGAAAGUAAGAAGAUUUGAUUGUGUAUGAAAUUUUCUUUUAAUUAGAGUGACAUAAAAAAUACUUCAGGCAUUUGUUUGGAAUAGAAAUGACAAAGACAGUAAUGUACUUCAUAUGUCACAGUAUGUUACAUUUUUGUUUUGCGCAUUUUUAACUUUUUAAAUAUUUUUUUUUAUGAAAAUUUUGUAAAAAAAAUGUAAAUAUUUAAUAUCUACAUGUAUUUAUCCUCUAUGACUGUGAUAAAGAGGUAGAAAAACUCAAAUUUUUAUUAUAGAUUUUGAUAUUUGCUGAUGUUUACAUGAAAUUCUAAAUGUGUCUGGCUGUUUUAUCAGGGAUAUAGAUUUAACAGGGAUAUCCCUGGUUUUAUAUAUCAGUUUCUUAUAAAUAUGUUUUCUCUCUUAUUCUAGCUAAUUUGAACAUUAACCUGGAUAUUAUUCUUCUUUUAAGUGAUAAUUUAAUAAAUUGUUGAUUGUAAAAUACUUUUUGAGUGUUAACUCCCUUUGCCCACUGCAGAAAAAAAUGACUGACUGUUGCCAUUGGUUAUUUUAAAUGUUAACUUUUCAGUUAGCCAAUCAAAUUUUUGGUUACUUUAAUUGUACACAAAUUUUAAUUUUAAUUUGUUUGGAUCUUGUGCUUAUGGUCAGUGCUUAUUUCAAAUAGAUGAUAUAAAUAGAAAUUUAAAAAGUGAAAAUUUCAAAACAGCCAAUUAGAUUGAAGGAUAUUUAGACUGGUUUAAUAACUGAUUUUAAAACCUGGAACCCAAAAUGAAAAACCAGUAUGAAUGUUUCUUGUUUUUUCAUGUAGUUUAUAUAUUUAUAGAUAAAAUGUUCUUUUUUUAUUUAUUUUUGUGAAGAGUUUUAUUGAUGGCUGAGCGCAAAACUAUAGUUGAUGUUUGUACAGUAAAUUAAAUGCAGAAGAUAAAUUAGUUUUGCGCUUAGCCAUUGAUAAUUUUGUUGAAUUUUUUUAUAGAUUAUACAUUGUUCAUAUAUACUUUUUCUUGUUAUGUUGUUAUAUUCUAUGUAGAAGGACUAGAUUUUUGAAAUAGAUAUUAUAGAAUAUGCUCCGUCCCUUUUUCAGCAUUUUUCAGGGUAACAAUAUUUUUGUACCUUUUAUUUAUUAGAAUAAAUACUCUUUUUUUUAAAUUCCCUCCGUCCAUUGUCAUGUCAUAUUUUAUAUCACAAUGUUAUUAAAUUAGAAACCUGUUUAACUAUAUUAUAAUUUUAUUUAAAGUUCUGCCGGAAACAUUAUUUUGACAUAUCUAUCUUAUAUUCUUAAUUUAUUCUACACAAUAAAUUCCCACAGUUAAACAAUGGAUAUAGAUUACAUGUUAUGAAAUCUAUAUCUCUGGUUAAACUUAAAUAGUUUUGAAGUCAUUAACUUAAAUGAUCUUUCUUUGAGCAGAAACUUUCCUUGAGAUAUACACUUAAAAAUCUUAAGUGUGCAUAUAUAAAUGGUCUCAUAUUUUUGGCUCAAUAUUGGCUCCAGCAUUCUUAGAUUUUCAACAGAUACAGUUGGAGACAUACUAUGUUAUUCCAUUAUUCUCUGAACUUAAUUUAUUGAAAAUUUCAGCAUGAUCGAGCAAAUAUUUAUACCAAUAUGAGAUCAUUUUUACAUGCACAAUUAUAAGAUUUGUUAAGUGUAUUCUUGUGGUUUGAGCAAAUUGAAACAUUCAGGUGAUGUAAAUAUCUUUCAUGGUCAGUAAUAUAUUUAGAGAUUUGUUAUUUAAUUAGAGUUUAUAAUCCAUAUUGUCCAGAUGCUGGUGCUUCUAUGACUCAUAUUGCAUCAUGUGAUUUACAAACUGCCAA